UCCUCUCACAUUUUAAAAACCUGACGUCUUUUUAACGCAUCGCUGAACAUUACAGGCAUUUGGACAACAACCAUAUAAAAUACCUACCCCAUGAAGUGUUCGCAAGGGAAAACAAGUUGGAGACACUGUCUCUCAUGUACAACAGCUUGAUGAAGAUUCAUCCACAGGCAUUCGUUUACCUUCAGAGUUUGUACGAACUGGACCUAAGAGGCAACAAGUUAGAAGAAAUCGACAAACGGGUUUUGGAACCACUCUCAAACCUGAGGAUCCUGUAUCUUCAGAACAAUGAAAUAAAACAUGUGGGAGCUUCCACCUUCCCAAGAAUUCCCUUGGAGAAGUUGUCAUUGGUAGACAAUAAAAUAAUAAACCUGGAGAACUCAGCAUUUUCUAAUCUGAGUCAGCUACGCAACUUGUUCCUAUCGCACAAUCAACUAGAGAAACUUAAAAACGGCACCUUCCUAAAUCUUGGAUACCUGGAGUCGCUCACCUUGAACAAGAACUACAUAAAGUAUAUUGAGUUGGCAGUAUUUCAGGAUGUUCCCGUAUUACAAUCAUUGAAUCUGGAAGACAACAGCUUUCGACAUCUGAACACUAAAGUUCUCGAACCACUAGGAAACUUGAAAACAAUAUACUUUGAUAGAUUUGAAAUGUGCUCUUCAGCCCUGCACGUGAGGAACUGUUAUCCAAAAGGGGAUGGGAUAUCAAAUCAGGAGCACAUGUUAGCUAAGCCAAUUUUACGUAUUUGUGUUUGGGUGAUGGGAGCCAUAGGCUGCACAGGAAACAUUGUAGUACUUCUUGGAAGACAUUUUGCUCCGACCAACAAUGUAGUUCACUCAUUAUACCUUCGAAAUCUUGCAUUCUCCGAUCUUUUGAUGGGAGUCUACCUAUUCAUUAUUGCUGCUGAAGAUCUCAACUACCGCGGAGUAUAUCUCCGCUAUCAGUGGGCUUGGAGGCAUAGCUUUGUGUGCAAAUUUUGCGGAUUCCUGAGUACCUUAUCUUGCGAAUCAUCGGUACUAAUCCUGUCCCUGGUCACCUGGGACAGAUUCGUGUCCGUAACUCAACCGCUAGCAAGAAAACAACCUUCUCCUAAAGCUGCUGCAGCUACACUUCUUCUGCUGUGGUGCUUAGCCACUUUGGUGGCUUUUGCGCCGAUCACUCCUCUAGGGUCCGACUACUUUGGCGAUGAGUUCUACGGAAACAACGGUGUAUGUCUGUCCUUGCAUAUCCACGACCCGUAUGCCAGAGGUUGGCAAUACUCGGCUGUGAUGUUCAUCCUGAUCAACACUUUGGCACUGAUCUUCAUCUGCUACGCGUACCUUCGGAUGAUCAACGAAAUUAGAGCCAGCGGCGUCGCUUGUCGGAGCACCAGGCAGAGUCAGGAUAGAGACAAGGUGGCUCAAAGAUUUGGAAUUAUUGUUCUGACUGACUGCCUAUGUUGGGUACCCGUAAUCACGGUGAAGCUCAUCGCCUUAGCAGGUACUCCAAUACAUCAGAAUCUUUACGCAUGGUUGGCAAUCUUCGUCCUACCAAUCAACUCAGCUCUCAAUCCGGUUCUAUACACAUUGACUACAACGAUCUUCAAGAAACAGAUGAGCAAGCUGAUCAAUUCCUGUUGGAGCAAACGGAAGAAGUGCGAGCAUCAAACAGCUUCAGAAUCAGCUCUCAGUCUUAGUCUGGGUGCAGUGCUUCCUAUAAGAAAAGGCAGCAAGAGGAUACUUAGUUAUAGGGGUACGCAAAGCAGUAGCUUGAUGGCCAGUAAGAACAGUUGGAAGAGAUCUACGGCAGUCUGAUAAGCUUACAAUUAUAAAUAAAUUACCUUACUAUCUAAAGCUUUUCAAAAGAGGGGAAAUCACGUUUCUGUACAUAGUAGCUGUUAGGUGUAUUUUUGUAUUUGAUACAAUAGUUGGAGUGCUACAGUAGGGUCCUGAUUCUAGCCGAAUUCCGACCGUUGAAAUUAGUUUCGAUGUCGCUUUCUCGUCAUACAUAUGGUCCACUAUGACAAUUUUGACACCUGAUUCUAGCGGUUUUCUAUAUUCAAAUUUUCACGUCAGUGCCAAAGUUUAUUUAUUUUUACUAUUUUUAUUAUAUAUCUAUUUUCAAUUAUUAUGUGUGCUUAAUUUUGUAAUUUAAUUAUUAUCGCUCUAACAGAACAUUUUACAUUUUUGCCUACUACAUGUGUAUUUUUAAUUUUGUCUGUGUAUUUGUUAUCAUAUCUAUUACUAGCUAUUUGUUAUAAUGUGUGUUAAUGUUUGUAAUUUAUUUAUCACUUCCCUGGUGUGCUUAUACAUAUAGAUACAUUUUAUUUAUCUUUGGCAGAGGAUCAAAUGUAUGAUAGUAAGGCGCCAUCGGUUAUCGAAAUUAAUUUCAUGGUCUAAAUUCAGUUAGAAUCAGGACCCAGUUCUGUUUGAACAAAACAUUCUUCAAAAAAGAAAGAUAAUAUGUGUAUGUAUUUUAUGUUUUGAAUUCACUUUCUUAUUGUGAUAAGCUAAGGAAAGAGAAAUUAUGUACGAAUUUUUUCUUGUCAAAAUGCUUAGAUAAAAUUCUGUGCGAAAAUGUUCGAAUCAACAGCAAAGUCCUUCUAUAUAUCUCUGAAAGGACCGGAGAAUAGCAAACAUCAAAUCUUCUCAGAAGUUGGAAUCGAUAUUCUAUGAACAUAUAUACAAUAUUCAAAUGGUGUUUAAUUUCCCGAAUUUAUGGCUGAUAAAAUUAGAAUAUGUAUAAUUUUUCUAACACUUAUCGUAUAAGUACAAAAAAUGUUGUUUUGGGAAUUUGUAGAUCACUCAAUCAUUCUCUGUAUUGUAAGCAAUGAAAUGUUUCGUUAAUAUCGGUAUUUACUAUGUAAAAUUGUUAACUGUG